AUGUCGAGUGACCAGCACCGUUGGAAAAAUUACAAAAAUAAAGGGCUCGAUCAACGAGAGAUGCGACGUCGUCGCGAAGAAGAAGGAGUCCAGUUACGAAAAGUCAAGCGAGACCAACAGUUGAGUAAGCGACGACAAGUUUCUGCAAUGGUGGAUGAUGACGAUACCGGAAUGGAAAUGAAAUCGGAGAUAUCUCCAAAGGGUAAAUACGAUUUAGAGUCCAUGAUGUCAAAUAUGUAUUCUGCCGAUUUGGACUUGGUAUUAGAAGCUACUCAAAAAUUUCGCAAGCUAUUAUCGAAAGAACCUCAUCCACCUAUUCAGGAAGUUAUUAACUUAGGAAUUGUACCUAAAUUGGUAGAAUUAUUGAAAUGGCAGAAUGAUACUUUACAAUUUGAAGCUGCCUGGGCGCUAACUAACAUUGCCUCAGGAACUUCACUCCAAACUGCUACAGUAUUACAAGCUGGAGCAGUACCUGUCUUGAUAGAAUUACUGUCUAGUAGUAACGUUGAUAUUCAGGAGCAGUCUGUAUGGGCUUUAGGGAAUAUUGCUGGUGAUAGCACUCCAUGCCGUGAUCAUGUUUUAGGUCUUAAUAUUCUACCUUCACUACUGCAAUUAAUUGCCAGUGCGCAAAAGUUAUCAUUAGUUCGUAACGCUGUAUGGGCACUUUCUAAUCUUUGCCGUGGAAAAAAUCCUUUACCUGACUUUGGAAUUGUAUCAAUUGCUCUACCAACAUUAGCGAGACUAUUAUAUGCUGACGAUAAAGAAGUAUUAGCAGACACAUGUUGGGCUCUAUCUUAUUUAACCGAUGGUCCAAAUGACAGGAUACAGAAAGUUAUCGAAGUUGGUGUAUGCAAGCGAUUAGUCGAAUUAUUACUACAUACGCACUCUUCGGUGCAAUCAGCUGCUUUAAGAGCAGUAGGCAACGUAGUCACUGGUGAUGACGUCCAAACGCAGGUAAUAAUUGAGUGCUCCGCUUUAUCCAACCUUUCGACCUUAUUGGACAGUUCCCGAGACAGUAUUAAAAAGGAAGCCUGUUGGACAGUAUCCAAUAUUACGGCCGGAAAUAAGACUCAAAUACAGGCGGUAAUAGACGCUAAUAUCAUACCUAAGCUUAUUCAUGUUGCAAGUAUGUCCGACUACAAAACACAAAAAGAAAUUACUUGGGCCAUUACCAACGCUACAACAGGAGGAAACGAACAACAAGUGAGAUUUAUCGCUAGUCAGGGAGCAAUUAGGCCUCUUUGCGAAAUACUUGGCGUAAUGGAUGCUAAAAUUGUCGAUGUCGCUAUGACAGGACUUGAAAAUAUAUUGCGUGUUGGAGAACGCAUUGGUAAAGCCGAAAAUCGUCCCAAUCCUUACGCUAUUUUGGUAGAGGAAGCUGGAGGAAUUGAAAAAAUAAAUUUUUUGCAACGCCACGACAAUCAAACUUUAUAUAAGAAGGCAUACAAUAUAAUCGAUAAAUAUUUUCCAUCAGAUGAAGCUGAUGGUGAAAUAACACCAAGCAUUGAUCCAGCUAACAGUCAGUACUCCUUUGGUAAUUUCAACGAACAUCAUGGUAAUUUCGACUUUUAA